AUGUCUCGGUCCCAUAAGGUUGGCUAUGUCGUGGGAGUUUUGAUCACUCUGGCUCUUGUUUGUCAAGCUAGGGUUCAUUCUGAUGGAGGGUUUGUUAGAACAGAGGGAACCCGGUUUGUACUUGAUGGGUCGUCUUCUCUUUUCAAUGGUUUCAAUUCCUACUGGAUGAUGCAUGUUGCAGCUGAGCCCAGUGAGAGGUAUAAGGUCUCGAACACUUUCCGGGAGGCUGCUGGUGCUGGCUUAUCGGUGUGUCGGACUUGGGCUUUUAGCGAUGGAGGCGAUAGAGCGCUACAGAUAUCGCCCGGUACCUACGAUGAACGUGUCUUUCAGGCACUGGAUUUUGUGAUCUCGGAGGCAAGACGAUAUGGGAUUCGCUUGAUUUUAAGUUUUGUGAAUAACUACAAAGAUUAUGGAGGACGUCCGCAGUAUGUUGAGUGGGCUCGAAAUGCAGGAGUUAAUGUUGAUGGAGAGGAUGAUUUCUACACAACCCCAACGGUAAAAGAAUACUAUAAAAACCAUGUUAAGAGAGUUAUUACGAGGUUCAACACCAUCACUAGAAUUGUGUACAAAGAUGAUCCUACGAUCAUGGCAUGGGAACUGAUGAACGAGCCUCGCUGCCAAGCUGAUUCCUCAGAAAAAAUGGUUAAUGGUUGGGUUCAAGAAAUGGCAAGUUUUGUGAAAUCUUUGGACAAAAACCACCUGCUUGAAAUAGGCAUGGAAGGAUUUUACGGCGACUCUAUGCCCGAAAAGAAGGUCAACAAUCCUGGUUACCAAGUUGGCACUGAUUUCAUCAGCAACAAUCUCAUCAAAGAGAUAGAUUUUACCACCAUACAUGCAUAUCCUGAUAUUUGGCUGUCUGGACAAAAUGAAUCUGCGCAGAUGGCCUUUAUGCAAAGGUGGAUGCAGUGUCACUCUAUAGAUUCAAAGGGAAUACUAAAGAAGCCACUGGUCAUGGCUGAAUUUGGGAAAUCAAGCAAAGAUCAAGGAUACAGCUUGGGUGCAAGAGAUCAGUACUUGAGCACAGUCUACCAAAGCAUGAACAACUUUGAGAGCACCGGAGGAGGGAUCAGCGGCAGCCUUGUUUGGCAACUCAUGGCCGAAGGGAUGGACUCAUAUGGGGAUGGAUAUGGUAUAAUCUUGUCACAAGAUGCCUCAACAAGGGGUGUAAUUUCGGCAGAGUCACAUAAAAUGACGACUUUUCGCCAUAUGUUGCUCGGAAGAAAACAUGGAAAGUCGGUUCCUUGA